UUUCAGACAAGAUGUCUGGAGCUGUUGCUAAGAUUGCUAAACCUGUCAUGAGAGGUCAUCAUGUUAAUGCUAUUAAGAAGAAUCUGAUUAUUGCCACUGGUGUUUCCAUUAUUACCUCUGCAGCUUGGUACUUCAGUGUUAACAAACCAAGGAAGGAUAACUAUGCUAAUUUCUACAAGAACUACGACGCUGAGGCAGAGUUCCAGCGGAUGAAGGCCCUGGGUGUAUUCCAGUCCGUUGCCGUCAUAGAGGAGAAGGCCGAGGAGUAGAAUGUUUAACUUUUGAUUAAAUUAUGUAGAAUUAUAGAUUAAAUAUUUCAGACAAGAUGUCUGGAGCUGUUGCUAAGAUUGCUAAACCUGUCAUGAGAGGUCAUCAUGUCAAUGCUAUUAAAAAGAAUCUAAUAAUUGCUACUGGUGUUUCCAUUAUUACCUCUGCAGCUUGGUACUUCAGUGUAAACAAACCAAGGAAGGAUAACUAUGCUAACUUCUACAAGAACUACGACGCUGAGGCUGAGUUCCAGCGGAUGAAGGCCCUGGGUGUAUUCCAGUCCGUUGCCGUCAUCGAGGAGAAGGCCGAAGAAUAGAUCAAGAACAAGAUAUACUGUUAGUUUUCAAGUAGUUGCACGUUCCGAGACAAGUUAAUAUUUCAGAAAGUUCAAAAUGGCGGAUUGGAGUUUCUGUCCAGGCUGAUACAGGACCCUCUGUUGAGUAUGAUCAGUAUACGGAAAUGGCUGUACAAGCCACGCAGAGACGAUAAAUCAUUAUUUGCCAAGUUUUGGUAUGCGGAUGAUAAUCUGAACCGGGUGGCCGCCGAAUUAGACUCCUUCGACGGCCGAAAGGAUCCUGAAAGAUGUGCUUCUCUUGUUUCCAGACUUCGGUCUUGUCAAGACAAACUGCUCAAUAUCUGCAACAGAAUGCUGGACGAGUUGGAACAAUUGGAUGGACGAGCAAACAGGGAGUUCCGUGUCAAGUUCCCGGACGAAAUUGUGACAGAAAAUCUUGGCGGUCAACUCUGGUUCGGCGCAGAAUGCCUAGCAGCAGGAUCGAGUAUAAUGCAGAAGGAGUUCGAGUCUGUCCAGAUGAGACCCCUGGCCAAGGCCGUCACCAAAACCCUGGAGAAGGUCAGAGGUCUUAUACGAGAACAGUGUCUAUCCCCGACCCCUCAGUACACAGAGCAAAUCCACGAAACUCUCAAGAUCUUUGACAGAUUAUUUGCAGAGUUUGAGUUCAGCUACGUCUCCUGUAUGGUUCAUGUUAAAACUAUUAAAGAAUAUGAGAUUCACCAGGAUGUGAUCUGCCUGUUCUCUGAGACCCUGCAGAGAUCGUUGAAGAACCAGCUGGUCACACAGGACAUGGUCGAUCAGUUCGAUCCCAGUCUCAUGUUCGCCAUCCCCCGCCUAGCGAUCGUCUGCGGCCUCUUGAUAUUCCCGAAUGGUCCUUUGAACGUAGAUCGGGAAUACGCGGAUUUUCCGGAACUUUUCCGUCCUUUUAAGAAUUUAUUGCGGAAGAUCCGUGAAUUACUGUGGACCCUCAGCCCUGCUGAGUUCUAUGUUCUUGAAAGAUUGCUCUGCCAGCUUGAGGAACCUGAUAACCUAGAGAUGAAACUUCAGACGGCGCAGAGAGAUUUAAACGAGAAAUUAAGAAUAUCUGAAAAUCAGGAAACCCAGGAAAGUCAGGCUGCCCUAUUGGACGCUAAGCUGUGCUCUGUGUCCAGUAUCCCCUGUAUCUGUGAUACCAAUACCUCUGUUAACUGUGAUUCUUCCACCACCCAUCCUUCCCAGGCGGACUUGGAUUCUUCGCGGGAAUCUGACGCGGCAUCCGGGUCUCCCAUCCAGGAAUGCGCAAGGGCAAGUUCUGACGCAAAAUGCGCAGAAUCUUCCGAGGAUUUAGUUAGAUCUAUCUUAGAGGACAUAAUUAAUGCGAGUACAAAUUCAAAUAGAGGAAGAAGGAAAGAAAGAAGUAAGAAGGAGGAAGAUGAAUUAGAUAAAACAUCGGGUUCUUUAGAAAAUAAAUCAUCAAAUACUCCGUCUUUAGUUAAACAGGCUGUUGUUGAGAUAGACUGCAGUGGGCCUGAUAUUACCGUAUCUCCCGUCAAAGAAAGAAAGGAACGGGGGUUUCGAGUCCUGGAGUCAGGAUCUACUAAAAAAGGACUUAAACGCCGGGGGGCGAAGCGCUAUCACAAAACCUGGAAGGACGCGCGGGCGCGGUUCAAAUCUAGUGAGGAUUUGAUACACAGGCUGUAUGUUUGUAUCAGUGGUGCUGCAGAUCAGCUUCAGACCAAUUUUGCAGGGGAUUUCAGACAUAUCCUGAAGUACGUGUUCACGAUGAACAGUACACAAGAGGAGGAGGAGGAGGAGGAGAAUGAGGAAGGAAGAAUCAGGGUUGAGGAUGAAGGACAGGAUAGAGAGGUAUCCGAGAGUUUAAGUGACAGUGAACAGGAUAGUCUAGGAGAGGUAGAUGAACUAGGAGAAGGUGCUGCUAGUUUACCUCCUGGAGUAGUUAGAACCCAGGUUCCUGGUUCCGAGUAUGAAUGCGGAGAAGAUGCUCUCAUGAAUGAAACUGAGCAAUCUUAUCUUCGGAACUUUGCUCGUGAACCCGGAGUGAACGUAGAUCCCGGACUAAUCUCUACCUCCCCCCCUGCACUGGUAAAUAUGCCGGUAUAUGCUAGUAACCUGGACCAACAUAUUGAUAGAGCUAUGCUCAUACAAGACAAUACAGAGGAGAACUUCUAUCAACCUGAACCUACUCUACUCACUAUAGCUUCAGGCGCUCCGCCGCAGGAGGAGCAGGAGAUAGGUCCUAACCCAGGAGUAGAAAGCCCGCCCCCCUGGAUACCGGACUCCAUGGCCCCUCUGUGCAUGGGGUGUGGCGCAGGGUUUUCUCUGGUCAAGCGUCGACAUCACUGUAGAUCUUGUGGAAGGGUUUUCUGUCAAAGAUGUUCUCCUAAUCAGGUUCCUCUGCCAAGAUAUGGAAUGGAAAGUCCUGUCAGAGUGUGCAACAGAUGCUAUAUUUACUAUAUGAACCCAUACGAAGAGAGAACUGUACAUGCUUACCACGUGUACAAUGGUACUGGCCACGGUAGCUGGGGGUACAACAGCCUUAUUUCAUAGUACAAGCCCUAUGUACAGUGUACAUGACUGAAUUGACGCAAAAGCCUGGAAAUAUACUCUAGUUUUGCAUAAUUAUUAUUUAAUAUUUGCAUGAAUGUGUUUGCAUAGCA